AUUCAUAACGUUACACCGUUUAUGAUUAACUUUAUAUCGGCAAUUGUUUUACUGAUUUGUUUUUCAAAAAUGAAACAAAACAGAUGUCAAACAAUCUUAUAAAGUAUUAUUGAGAAAACAAAUAUUACUCCAUAAAGAUUUACUGAGCAGUUUGAUAUGAUAUGAUAAUCAUGAUUUUAUAGAAGGAGGGCUGCGCGAUUACAAUUACAAAAUGUAAAGUUUAUACAUUGCUAUUAUCUGUAGAAUUAAGAAUUCUAGAAUUAUGAACUUUACAUACAUGUAAAGUUGCUUAUUCACACUCAUGCUCACCCUCACCCCCACAUUCACCCCUAGAAUUCAGAAUUUCAGAAAAUUCUGAACAAGUAAAGUUCAUAAUUCUAGAAUUCUUAAUUCUACAGAUAAUAGCAAUGUUUGAACUUUACAUUUUGUAAUUGUAACCGCGCACGUCUGUAUAGAAGAGGAUUAAUUUGUGUUGUAGCAGUGACUGUAUAAUAGACAGACAGUCCAAUGAAGAAACCACAAUUGUUAGAGCAACAUUUCUACUUCAAACAAACAAACAUAAUUUAGCACCUUAUGACGAAGCAGCCAAUCAAGAAAUUGAGCAAUUAUUUCGACGUGUUACAAUCGUUGGACAAAAUCGUUUUGUUGCUACUAAUACGAAAGAAACUGAAUGGAUCAAAUGCAAUGAAAGUGUUGAUAAACAAGCAGUUGCAGAUCGGUCCGCACAUGUAAUUGUCAACAUGGAAAUAUCCUGUUUCAAAUCAAGUUGA